CCGUCAGGGGAACCAAUGCGGAAUUUCCUGGCUGGCGGCGGAGCCCCUCCCGCCGCUGCAGAGAGGGGCGCGGGGGAGGCGGCGGCGAAGCGAUCGCAGCGCGGCUUCCGCCCGCCGAGCGGCAGCGGGGACCGGCGGGCAGCGGGGCGGGCGGGGAGCGGGAGCGGCGGAGCCGCGGCGGGGGCGCAGCGCCCGGCCCUGCAUGGGCUGUGCCGGCUCCGGCCGGGCCCCGUCGCUCCGCCGCUGAUGGCGGCCCGCGGGCUGCGGCCGCCCCGCCGCGCCCGGGCCGGGGCCGCGCUGCUGCCGCUGCUGCUGCUGCUGUCGGUGCUGAGCCGCGGAGCCGCCCAGGAGCUGAGCCCCCGCGGCAGGAACGUCUGCAGGGCCGGCGGCUCCUCGGUUCUCGUGUGCUGCCCGGGAUGGAGGCAACAAGGGAGCGAGUGUAUAAUAGCUGUGUGCGAGGGGAACUUCACCUGCAAGGAGAACGAGGUGUGCGUCAGGCCCGGCGAGUGCCGCUGCCGCCACGGCUACUUUGGUGCCAACUGCGACACCAAGUGUCCCCGGCAGUUCUGGGGUCCCGACUGCAAGGAAAUGUGCACCUGCCAUCCCAACGGGCAGUGCGAGGAUGUGACGGGCCAGUGCACCUGCAACCCCAACCGCUGGGGCCCCAAGUGUGAGAACAUCUGCCUCUGCAAGCAUGGCAAGUGCGACCAGAAGACGGGCAAAUGCACCUGUGAGCCCAACUGGUGGGGCCCACAGUGCUCCAGCUCCUGCUACUGCAGCCACAACUCGCAGUGUGACCAGCAGACAGGCAACUGCCUGUGCCAGCCUGGCUGGUGGGGCCGUGGCUGCAACAACCAGUGCUCCUGCAACAACUCGCCCUGCGAGCAGUUCACGGGGCGCUGCCAGUGCCGGGAGAGGACCUUCGGGCCUCGCUGCGACCGCUACUGCCAGUGCUACAAGGGCAAGUGCAACCAGGUGGACGGGACCUGCACCUGCGAGCCGGGCUACCGGGGCAAGUACUGCCGCGAGCCAUGCCCGGCUGGCUUCUAUGGCCAGGGCUGCAGGAGGCGGUGUGGGCAGUGCAAGAGCCUGCAGCCGUGCACCGUGGCCGAUGGGCGCUGCCUGACGUGUGAGGCAGGCUGGAAUGGCACCAAGUGCGACCAGCCCUGCUCGCCUGGCUUCUACGGAGAGGGCUGCGAGAAGCUCUGUCCCCCCUGCAAGGAUGGCCACACCUGCAAUCACAUAAAUGGCAAAUGCUCCCACUGCAACCCGGGAUGGAUCGGAGACCGGUGUGAAACCAAGUGCCGGAACGGGACAUAUGGGGAGAACUGCGCCUUCGUCUGCAGCGACUGCGUCAACGGCCAGUGCCACUUCGAGACUGGGCAGUGCCUCUGCCACCCCGGCUCCCAUGGCACAUACUGUAACCUGACUUGCCCUCCUGGACGCUACGGAGCCAACUGUGCCGAAGUCUGCGGCUGCCACGACGGCGCCUGCGACCCCCUGACGGGCGCCUGCCACAUGGAGGCCAACCAGAGGAUGGGGGUGAUUGGGGCAGGGGCCCUCCUGGCGCUGCUGCUCAUCCUCCUGCUCUCCCUGCUCUGCUGCUGCUGUGUCUGCCGCAAGAAGGAUGAAGCCAGCGGCUCCAGCCAGGACCCAGCAGCAGCCAAGAAGCCUCCAAGACGUUUGUGUGGGCGCUUCAGCCGGAUUGGGAUGAAGCUCCCACGCAUCCCUCUGCGCCGCCAGAAGCUGCCCAAGGUCAUGGUGGCCCACCAUGACCUGGAAAACACCCUGAACUGCAGCUUCAUCGAGCCACCCUCUGUGGUGGAGCAGCCUUCCCCGUCCUGGUCAUCCCGCGGCUCCUUCUCCUCCUUUGACACCACGGAUGAGGGGCCUGUGUACUGUGUCCCCCAUGAAGAGAGCAUAGGUGACAGCAGGGACAGAGGGACACCUGCCAGCCCCGGGGACAAGCUGCUGGCCCCAGUCAGCGGGGAGGAAGCAGGAGAAUACACAUUCCUGAAGGAGACAGGCUCUGUCAGAGCCUUCCCCACCGACAGCAGCGAGACCCCCCUGCUCAAGUCCUCGGACAGUGAACGCUCCUCCUGCGGCUCGGGGUCGGCCAGCGCCGCGCUCUACGCCAGGGUCGCCCGCCUCUCCAAGCAGUCCAAGGAGGAGGAGGACGCCACUGUGGAGCCCCGCAGCCCCGGGAAGCCUCCAUCCCCAGAAAGGACCAAGCCCCGUCCUCCAGACCCGGCCACGAAGCCCAAAGUCUCCUGGAUCCAUGGCAGGUACAACUCUGGCCAGUCCAACUCGCUGCCGGCACCCGGCCAGUCCCCAGAGCAAGUGGCCACCCAGUCUGGCAGCCCCGAGCAAGGCCAGGGUUUGGCCAAGAGGAAGAGGAGUCCGAGCGAGACGUCGGCCCACGUGCAGGGCAAAGCGGAGGAGAAGAGCGGCGCGCGGAGCAAGGAAAAAGCGCAGAAGCAACCGAAGGAGCCCGGAGUCCCCGAGGGCAAAUCCAGCCUCUGCGGGGAGCCGCAGUCACCCUCCAAACCCAAGCAGAGGAGCAAAGCUGGCUCCGAGCCAAUGGAGACCAUCAACGGGGCGGUGCAGAACGCCUUCCGAAAGAUGGGUGCCUUCCAGCCGGAGCGGCGGGCCGGGGACACCAGGGAUGCUCCUUGUAGCCCCGGCACCAGCAAACCCCGCUCCGAGCCGCUGCAUCCCCAGCUGGCCUCCGAGCUGGCCGCCCAACUGAAGGAAAAGACUCAGAGCCUCAACAAGGGGGACGGAGGCAUCCGGUCGAACGGGGUCGGUGCCCAGAGGGAGAAGCCCACCCCUCCACAGAAAGCCAAGCGCUCGGCGGCCGCCGGCGGCCAGAAGACCAGCAAGCCCUUGCUGCCCACCUCUCCCCAUCUGCAAAAACUGAUCCCUGCGGCGGCCGAGACGGCAGCCGGGGAGCCCAAGUGGAUGGAGAAGCCAAGUGCCAGCAGUGGCCAGGAUCAGACUCUCCCCACUGAGCAGACAGCCAAGAAAACCCCCAUUAAGAAGCCUCCCAGGAAGAAGAGCCGGGAAGCGAGCCUGGAGCCACCCAGGGCAGCUGCUGUGCCUGCUCAGGCAGUGCAGUGACCAGGAGCCGGGCACCGGCCCCGCGCCGGCCGCAUGCCGGGAAGAAGGACAUUUGCCAGCACAACCAGCGAACGUGGGAGCCUGGACUGGGCUGGGGGCACUGGAAGAGCCUUGAUCCUCCGUUUAUCCCCCUCCAUCUCACUCAUCCCCAUUUUUGCCUUAGUCCCCCCUGCCCUAGGGACCUGGUCCCUUCAUCUGUGCCCUGCUCCUGCUCUCUGCCCGGGUCUCAGCUCGCCUGCCCUCCCUGCGCGGGUGGGACCGCAGGAGCCGGCCCGGCCGCCAGCCCGGGGGCUCCGUGUGUGGCGUAUCCCCCCCUUUUUUUUGUAGCAGUAUUAUCGACCGCAUAAGCAGCGCUUGUUGUACUAGACGUGCCCACGGUAUAUUCUGCAGUAACCCAGCCGCUCGCUUCCCGCACUCCACUCCGGUCUGUCGGGGUCGUGGAGCACGGGAGAGGGAGGGAGCUGCUGCUCAGUGCCCUGGGCAGUGCCAGAGAUGUUCUCCAUAUCCAUCGCUGGCAGCAGCUGCCCUGCCCCGGCGCCCUCCAGGCACAGCUCUCCACUGCCGGUGCAUGCCGGAGUGGGGUCGAGCUGGUUUCGACCGAUGCCACCCUCCCUCCCUCCCUCCCUCCCUCCCUCCCUCCCUCCCUCCCUCCCUCCCUCCCUCCCUCCCUCCGCCGCGGCGCUGCUCCUGGUCAGAAGGAAGCACUAUUUAUGGAUGGAGGUGGAUGCCCUUCGGGUUCCCUACAUCCCAUCCAAUGGAGUUGGAGGGAUUAGUUUGGUAUGAGAGAGCCUGGCACCUCUGCAGAGCGCUUUCCUAAUAAAAAUGUAUUUCGUCCAUAGCUGGGUGCCAUCUAUCCCUGCCCCAGCCUUCCCGUGGGCAGGCAACAUGCCUAGCCUUGCUUGGGUGCUACCUGGUCCUGAGUGAGGUGCAGUGGGGAGAUGGAUGACCUCGCAGCAGUACAGGCAGGUGGUAACAAGCAGCAGACCAAUGGGAGGCAGGUCUCCACUGGGGCUGGUGCUACACAUGCUCACCUGGCAUCAGAGAUGAGCCCUGAGGACAAGAGGAGAGCUUCUCAUCCUCAGUACCAGAUUUGUCCCAAUGGCUAACUGGUCCCGUGGUCAGACACUGCUCAGUGUAGCCUGGGUCAGACCCUGAGGUUCAGGAAAUCUCUGGCUACUGAGCAGAGAGCUCACCUCUGGGUGCUCAGGGUGCUGGGACAGAAAUGUGGGGGGGCAUGGGAGUAACCCCUUGCCCAGGGGCUGCUAGCUCUCUCAGCAUCUGGGGUCUUCACACAGCCCCAGACAGGAUGCUGCCAGAGGACAAGGCUGGGACAAGCCCAAGGGCAGCCCAGAAGCUGAGGCUUCUCCCACACAGCUUCUGCCCAAGAUUCCUAAGCAGGACUCUCCCUGGCAUUAGAACUGGGGCUGUUUGCUUCCAGGGCAGCUGGAAACAUUGGUGCCCACCACUGAGCCAUCCUGAUCUGUUCCCACAGUGGGGGUUGAUGUCCCAGAAGACCAUCAGACCAAAAGGUCAACCACAGCAAUCUCGAGGUGAUGGAGGCAGCUGGUGAACACCAGAAUGGGAUGAGACCACAUGGAACAGGACUGCAACCAGCCCAGUACAGCACUCAGGAGGGGAUGGGCUCUGGCCCACACCUGGCUAUGGCUCAGCAUUGUGUAGCUGGAGCCAGCACAGUACCUGACACUGUCUGGAGAAGCAUUAUCACAUUAUCAAAGCUGAAGAAUGACAUCACAGUGUUAUUUCACAGGCUCCUGGUCACCUUUCAGAGUUCCUUCACUCUCCCUCCCCUUUUCUUCAGGUUUUAUUUGGGAAGAUGAAGAACAGUGGCUGAAACUAGUCCUGGGACAUCACACAGUGCAAAAAAAAAAGGAGUGGAUGGAUGAGCUCAAUGUUGCCAGAGAUAAAACAGAGAAAUUCAAUAGAAAUAUUGAGACAUUGAAUCCAUGAGACCUGGGAUGGCAUCCAAGCCCUUCCUUCCACCAUGGAGGCUGCUGUUGGACAAACUGAAGAGGCUUCCAAGACACUCAGAUUGAUAACUACUCAUAGGUUAGUAAAAGAGAAGUAAAGGAGUUGAAUCCAGGCAAUAAAAGUGCAAAAUUAAA